CGGAGGCAGCAAGAUGGCGGCUCGGCUGGGCAGCCUCCCGGAGCUUGGAGCCCUGCAACUGCUCUUGAAGGCUCCCUCAAAGGAUGUGGUGAGGCAGUUAUGUCAGGAAUGUUUUUCCACUUCAGCAACCAACUCAGUCAGGUUAGUUGACAGCACCGCCAAAAGUUUAUCGGUGACCCCUGAGGAGGCAAAGCAGUUGAUCUACUCCCUCCAUGGCUUCACAAGGCAAGUUGUAUUUCAAGGGCUCACUUCAGCUGAAGAGAUUCUUCCACUAUUUCCUGAUAGCUUCCAUCAAAACCUGAAAAAUCUGUUAACUAAAAUAAUUGUUGACAACAGAGCUGCCUGGCGGAAUGAAGCACUGACAAACCAGAUUUCCUUACCUCAACUCAUUGACAUGGAUUGGAGAGUAGAUAUCAAAACUUCCUCUGAUAACAUCAACAGAAUGGCAGUGCCUACGUGCCUGCUCCAGAUGAAGAUUCAGGAUGAUGUCAGUGCCUGCCAAGGUGGACCCAUCAUAUCCACUGUCUGUCUUGAAUUAAAUAAAGAAAAACUGGAUACAAUGUUGGAUGGACUCGGUCGAAUCCGGGAUCAGCUUUCAGCUGUUGCAAACAAAUAGCAUGUUUGCUAACUGCAUCAGAGGAGUUACAAGCAUUGGAAAUGUCUAAAAGCAUUAUCUGAAAAAUUGUUCUAUUACCCUGUUUUGUUAUAUGGGACAUUGCAAUAAGUUUUCACCAUGUCUGUGGUUUCAUUUCAAGCACAUUGAAUCUAUGAUUUCUGUAAUUUUCCUCUCCACACUCAUUGCCAUUUGAUUUAAGAUACCGUAUCAAUGUAUCGUAAAGUGUUAUUUGUCCUGUGUAUUAAAAUUUUCAUUAUAUAUAUUCACUUAUGUCUCAGAUUGCUUGCCUAAAAACCUCCAAGUACAAAGGAUAAUGUUAGUAAAAGACUUGCACUUUUGUAGUUUAAAGGAAUGUCAAAAUCUCUUAUUUUUUGAAGCCCUCAUUCCUUUAAUUGAAAAAUUCCAUAACAUAUUAGAGACAAAGACUUGUAUGUAAAUUAUAUUUUAUAGAAAUUAAUUGGAAUUGUGUAAGUAAUUAUAUUGUCCAGACUUGGAUUUCACUGGAAUAUAUUGAUGUGUGUAGCUCCAUGUAAUUCAUGUUCACCUGAGCUUUGCAGCACUGAACAGGAUACACUAUUUAAUUCAGCUUCGGUUGGGAUUUAAGCAAUAACUAUAUUGUACUGUUAAUCUUUGAUCACAGAAUUGAAGCAUUGAGGGACUAUUUUGCCAUGGUGGAAUGAGUGCAUUUGGGAACAUCAAUGCGGAAUGAAUAGGGUUAGGAUGUCUGUACCCCUCCACUGUUUUAUGGGAGAUUUUAUAAUUUAUUUUACCAGAUUCUGAACGUGCAGCAAAUAUUGAGUAUUGGGUGGAAAAAUAAAUUUAAUUGGCUUAGAUAUAAUUCUGUAAUUUCAAUAACACUUGAGAUAAAUGUGACCUUUGCCUCCCUCCCUUCUCCCAUUGUUUGUACUUCUCUUGCUACAUGAUAUUUAACUAUAUUGCUUGUUUCAAAUGUACCGACAAUUACUGUGCCAACUAGCAGUCUAUUCUGCAGAUAUGCUUUUGCAAACGUGAAGAGAUUAUCUUUUUGGCUAAAUUUUAGUUAAAGAUUUUUUUCUGUCCUGUAGUUCUUCAUUCCUGGCUUUGUAUAACGCACCUUUUCAGCCAUCAUUCUUUCCUUAUUUUGUUGUAUGUCCCCUAUUUUUUUAAAUGGAGUACAUUUACUUUUCUUAAUACCACAUUGUAUAAAUGAGAAGAACCUGUGUAAUUUUUUUUCCAGUUAUAAAUUAUGAGUAAAGUUAAUAUUUCACUGGUUA